AUGACAUCUACUUUUAAUACGUGUGAACGCGAGAAAUUAUUUCUAAAUCCAAGUAGCAAAAAAUUUGGAGUACCGGAACUACAAAAGCUUGUUAAACCACAUAUAGAUUCUUUUAAUAGUUUAUUAGAACCACCCACAAAGGGAAUCCUUAAUUAUGCAGUUGUCGAUAUUGAUCCAGUUGAAAUAUUCGAUGUUAAGGUCCCUUAUAACAGUCCCGCACAAGGGAACAAUUUAAAAGAUGAAAUUUUAAUUUCUAAACCACUUUUAUCUGAACAUGUCCGGGCGUCAACAAUGAGGAAGAUCUAUCCUGCCGAGUGUCGCGAAAGAUUAACUACAUAUGCGGGAAAAAUGAAUAUUAAAUUAUGUUGGAAAGUAAAUGAUGGCAAUACAAAUUUCGAAACUAAAUAUGUAGGAAUGGCUCCCAUUAUGGUCAAG